UGAAGUACUCUGGGUACCUGGAAGAGAGGGAUGAGCCCUUCUGCACAAACUGCCACAGCAAGUUUCCCCGGCUGAUGAAACUUGGGAGAGACAUUACGCUGGCAGGGCUGGAAAUUGGCCUGCUGACCAUGAAGAAGGGAGAGGUGGCAAGGUUCUUCUUCACGCCAGAUUACGCCUACGGGCGGCAGGGCUGUCCUCCUCUCAUCCCCCCAGACGCCACCGUCACCUUCGAAGUGGAGCUGCUGGAUUUCAUCGACUCGGGCGAAUGUGACUCGUUCUUUGAGCUGACUGCU